CCGCUUCGAUGAGCACACACAACUCUCCAGCUCUUCUGUGAUAACCCAUCCAAGAGACAAAUACUCUCCCAGUCCCGGAUUUUGAAUUUUGAAACGAAAAUAUCAAAAUGAAGUGGAUCAUCGCAUCAGUUUUUGUCUUACUCGUCGCAGCAUUCCAGGCUGGCGCUCAACGUCCUGAGCGUGACAUUAGUCUUCACCUGGGCGGUGGCCAUCACCACGACGAUCACCACGGACACGGGGUCAAACAAGUCGGCGCUUCAGCCUCGGCCUCGGCCGUCGUUGAGACGAGAAAAGGUUACGGCAAGGACAUCCCACAGCCGCCGCUGGCCAUCGACCUGAAACCGUUGGAAAAAGAAGAGCCGGUCAAAGAGAAGGAGCAGCAGCCCAGUCUAGAGUACCUGCCACCGGUGGUCGAAGCGGUCAAGGAAGAGACUCCCAAGGGCUACCCCAGAGAGAACCCGCCCAAUCCUCUGAAGCUGGACCCUCAGGCCGCCACCAAAGUGGAGGUGCGCGUCGACAGCUCGACCGUCGCUCCGAUGAUGAUGAUGGGCGGCGAAAUUCCCGGCAACGCCGGCACCGACUACCCCAUUUUCGACACCAUUCCCGAGACCAAGUUCAACUGCAACGAUCAGCCCACCGGUGGUUAUUACGCCGACGUCGAUGAAGGACGUUGCCAGGUAUUCCACGUGUGCCACGACGGCCGCAAGUUCUCCUUCCUCUGCCCCAAUGGCACAAUCUUCGACCAGAAGGUUUUCGUCUGCAACUGGUAUUUCAAUGUAGACUGCGCCGCCUCCAAGGACUUUUACGACCUCAACGCCCAGAUCGGCGUCGUUCCCGACAAGGCCGAAAAGUCACCCGUCGAGCAGUUGGCGGUGGCUCCGUCAGUCGUCGACACGCAACAGGUGGACAGUCCCAAUCAAAACUACCUGCCACCAACACCGGCCAAAGAAACCGUCAAGGUUGAACCGCCCACCUCAUCUUAUUUACCACCCAACGUGGCGCCCAACGCCGUCGAGGCUCUUUCCAACGGCAUCAUCACGGCCGAUCCACCCGCUCAAAGCUACUUACCACCGCAGUAGAUCGAACGCGGGACAACGAGAGCAAUUUAUCACUGCAGCACAAGUUAAUCUCCACCCAAUGUAUCCCAGCAGCACUCUCUAAUUACUAAUAAUCUAGACCGAGGCAUCGGGUUCUCCUCUCGCCACCACCCAUAGUGGCGAGUGCGCCCGCGUGUACAUUUGACAUCGUCAAAACGUCCCCCCCCCUCCCUUUUUCGAGCUUUUCAUUGUGAAUUUUUUUGACACAACACAAAUUAUUAAUAACCACCGGAUUUUGUUAAUUCGAAAGUGACUUGACCGAAAAGCCCACGACCCAUUGUGUACACACUACAUAUGAUACCAUAUUAUUAUAUCUAUUCGUUUCGUGAUGGCGCCAAAAUACAAUUUCUUUGCGUUCAA